AAAAAAAUAAAUCCUAAAUUUACCAGUACUCACUAGUAUAUGGGUUUGCUCUUCUAUUUUCUUUUUCAAUUCUUACACUUUUAUCAUUCCUUCUUCAAUACAGCUUCAUCUAAAACACCUUACUCUUCUAUAUUCUGAAUAAAAUGGCGGUUAUAUCACCACAAGAAGUCGCAAAACAUGAUAAAAAAGACGAUGUUUGGGUUAUCAUUCAUGGCAAAGUCUAUGAUCUAACUCAAUUUCUUCCAGAGCACCCUGGAGGGCAAAAAAUCAUUAUGAAGUAUGCGGGCAAAGACGCUACAAAAGCUUUUGAACCUAUCCAUCCCCCAGAUAUCAUCGAACGCUUUUUGUCACCAGAAGUGUGUAAAGGCUCGAUUGAUGAAGGUGCAUUAGCUACUCAACCUGUUGAAGAAAGUGAAGAGGACAAACGUAUUCGUUUAGCCCGAGAAAAAAUGCCUCGUUUAGAAGAAAUGUAUAACUCGUUCGAUUUUGAAACUGUGGCCAAAAGUAUUCUUAAAGCCGAUGCUUGGGCCUAUUAUUCAUCAGGUGCUGAUGAUGAAAUUGCCAUGCGUGAAAACCAUAACGCUUUCCACCGUAUUUGGUUACGUCCCCGUGUCAUGAUAAAUGUAAAAGACGUCAAUAGUUCUACCACAAUGUUGGGCAGUCGCGUUUCUAUGCCAUUUUAUGUUACAGCCACAGCAUUAGGUAAAUUGGGACAUCCAGAAGGUGAAGUGGUUUUGACAAGAGCGGCCUACAAAAAGAAGGUGAUACAAAUGAUCCCCACACUAGCUUCUUGUUCCUUCGAUGAAAUUGUGGAUGCCGCUCAACAACCUGAGCAAGUACAAUGGCUUCAGCUGUACGUCAAUAGUGACCGUGCUGUGACAGAAAAGUUUGUUCGACAUGCUGAAGCGAGAGGCAUGAAGGGACUGUUCAUUACUGCUGAUGCUCCUCAGUUGGGUCGUCGUGAGAAAGAUAUGAGACAGAAAUAUUCUCAAGAAGAACCUGAUGAAAUUGCCAAAAGUGAUACAGAAUUCAACCGUGAUGAAGGAGCUGCUAGAGCUAUUAGUGCCUUUAUUGACCCUGCCCUUUGCUGGAAUGACAUUGCUUGGUUCAAGUCCAUAACAAAAAUGCCGAUACUGAUCAAGGGUAUUCAGACUCCUGAAGAUGCUGUAUUGGCUGCUAAACAUGGAUGUCAAGGUGUCGUGCUAUCGAAUCACGGCGGCCGGCAAUUGGAUUUCGCCCCUUCGUCUAUUGAGAUUUUAGCAGAAACAAUGGAGGCCUUGAAAAAAGAAAAUUUGGAUAAGAAUUUUGAAGUUUAUAUUGAUGGUGGCAUUCGACGUGGUAGUGAUAUAUUCAAAGCCAUUGCGUUGGGAGCGAAAGGUGUUGGAAUUGGUAGACCCUUUUUGUACGCUAUGUCAGCUUAUGGUGAGGAUGGUGUUGUCAAGCUCAUGCAAUUACUACAGGAUGAGUUCGAAAUGGUAAUGCGUUUAAUGGGUGUCACGUCAAUUGAAGAAAUCAAGCCAGAAAUGGUUGACAUACGUAAUAUCAAGGAUCAUUUUGUAGCCAGUCCUAUUGAUUAUUUGGCUCAUAAAUCUUACGAAGCCAUACAACCAAGGGGAAAACUAGCCAAACUGUAAAUAGUUUAAUGGUAUUCUUUUGUGAUAAAGUCUCGGUUUACCAUAUGUCAUAUGUCAAUGCUUUGAAUAACAAAGAUGUGGGCAUAUCAAAGCAAUAAAAACAACUCAAUGCAAAUGAAUAAAAGUUCUCAAAGCCUAUUGUCGAAUUUAUUGAACUUCUGCC